AAAAGAAAUUCCAAAACAAACCAACUCCUCCACCCUCGCCCCAUUUCCUCCCUCACGCUAUAAAGCAGAUCGCGCCAUUCUGAAAAAGUGAAAAAAACGGGAUCUUGCAGCCACCGCCCACCGCCACCGCCCACCGCCACCGGAGUUGAGGCGCCUCUCGAAUCUCAUCCAAGGUGCGAAAUUUUAGCCAGAAUUCCGCUGGGUAAGAGAGAUUUGGUGAUUGUUUGAUAGCUUUGGGUGAUCGGAAGCUUGAUAUGUAAGGAAUGGUGACUACUGCAUUCAGAAAGAUUGUGUACCCUUGUUGGAGGCCUUCCAUUGAAGACGAAGGCCAAGACUGGAGCAGCAGAGGGGGAGACCCUAAUGGAUGGGUUGAUGGGUUGCUUUGGUAUAAAGAUAUAGGGCACCAUUUGAAUGGGGAAUUCUCCAUGGCUGUGAUUCAAGCUAAUAACGUACUGGAAGAUCAGAGCCAGCUGGAAUCGGGGGCACUGAGCUCCGUUGAAACGGGGCCUCAAGGGACAUUUGUUGGGGUGUAUGAUGGACAUGCUGGUCCGGACGCUGCCCACUUCAUAUCUAAUCACCUUUUCAACAAUAUCAAGAAAUUUACCACCCAAAAGCAAGAAAUGUCAGCUGAGGUUAUAACCAAAGCAUAUUUGGAAACAGAAGAGGAGUUUCUAUCUUUGGUCAGAAAGCAGUGGCUUAUGAAACCUCAAAUUGCUUCGGUGGGGUCAUGUGUUUUGGUUGGCAUUGUCUGCAAUGGUUUAUUGUAUAUUGCGAACGCUGGAGAUUCCCGUGCAGUAUUAGGAAGAGUUGAGAAGCACACGAAAGAUGUUAAAGCCAUACAAUUGUCUUCUGAACACAAUGCAAAUCUGAAAUCUGUUAGAGACGAACUACACUUGUUGCAUCCUGAUGACCCGGAGAUAGUAGUCUUGAAGCACACAGUUUGGCGCGUCAAGGGGCUUAUACAGGUAAGUAGGUGACUUAUUGAGAACUUUUUUCUGUGCCAUCCGUUCUUAUCAUUUGCAAUUGUUCAUGAUAUUGUCACUUCAUGCCUUCUAUUAAUUGAUUAAUUUAGAGCUCACUUGCUAGUUACUAGAGUUGUGCUAGAUUCAUGGUGUGAGAGUUGUGAUCUUAAUAACAUAAUCAUGGAAUC